AUGGAAGUGCUCAGCCGGGGCCUAAAGAAGCUGACCGCGUCCAACGCCUGCCAGCCCUACAGAACCAGAAGUAGAAGCCUGCCUCCAUCCCAUCUCCUCUUUGCGGACGACACUACCAUCUUCACCAACGAUAGCCGCUCCUCCAUCAGAAAUCUAGUGGCCUUCCUCCAGAAAUUCAAGAACAUUUCAAGCCUCAAGAUCAAUAACUCCAAGAGUAGCUUUCUGGCGUCUUCCAAGAUGCUGCUGUUGAGGACUCAUAACAUUGAAAGGAUCUCAAGUUGGAAGGCCCGCUUCCUUAAUCAGGCUGCCAGAACAACUCUCAUCAAGCAUGUCCUCUCUAGUAUCCCCGUCCAUAUUCUCGCGGCGGUUGAUGUUCCAAUUAAGAUGCUGCAGACCCUAGAAUCCAAGCUCGCAGACUUCUUUUGGGGGUGGUCUGAAGGGAGUAAAAAAUUCCACUGGGUAAGUUGGAGGCGUAUUACUUACCCCACCAAGGAGGGUGGGCUCGGCAUAAAACCCUUAAGAGAAAUCUCGGCUGCCCUGAGGCUCAAGCGGGCGUGGACCAUCUUCUUUGCCCAUAAGAACACUCUUUGGGCGAAAUUCAUGAGAUCCAAAUACAUGAUCAACGACUCCCGUGAAUCCGCUAGUCAGCGCAACAUUGAUUCCCCAGCGUGGAAAGGUAUCAGGAAGCUUCUCCAUCUUGUCGAAGACAACUCCCAUCUUUUACUGGGAGACGACAAUAGCAAUGUCUGGAAUGAUAACUUAUAA